ACAGAACGUCAGGAAGGAAGAGUGCUGCGGUCGGUCCAGCCGAUACUCGCCGCUGCUUCGGGAUGUGCAAUGUAAUUGUUGGGUUGUGGAUCUGUUUUGGAAUAAUAUCAUGAAUGUCAUUGCCAAAAGAUGCCUUCUCCUAGUGAUCAUCACAUUUCAAUGUGAAUAUCGGAUUACCCUGGCACAGGAGGCAACGAAUGAAACGGAUACCAGCAGAGAAGAAAAUUCAUCUUCAUUUGAAAAUUCUUUCAUUGAAUCUUCAUCAUUCAUCAAUAUUUAUGAAGCCUCAUCGUUAAAUGUUUCGGAUAUCAUCGAAACUCCACAUUUGCCAAAAACUAUCACAAGUUCUCCUUAUUUAUUUACCAGUAUUAGUCAAAACCUAAGAGAUGAUGUAUCCACUCAUUUUACUGAAAAUUUCAUUAAUGAAGAUUCAUCAAUAGCAUUAGAAUCAUCUUUACAAGAUGCUGACAUAUUUUUAUCUAGUUCAGCAGAUUCACUGCUGAAUUAUUAUGGAGAUUUUGAAGCCAUGAUUGAAAGUGCCGUAGAAAUUAGUCCAACUGCAGAAAGACGUAUUUAUAUACCCUCAUCCCUGACAAAUUCACCUCAACUUGAAUCAUUUAGUUCGAAUUUUGAUACAAAGGAAUAUGAUACCGAAGACAGUUUUUCCGAUUUUCACUUUAUUGAAGUUACUCCAGUAACACCAACUGCUGUAUAUAGUGAAGUUGAAGUAUCGACAUCAUUACCUUUGGAUGAAACAUCCUCAUCAAUUUACAGUAGUCAAUUAUUGCCUUCCAGCACUUCUUCAUAUGUCAGUAAUAUAUUAAUUGAAAUUAAAGAAUCUUCAACUGCUGGCAGUUCGAAGUUGAGUCAAUAUGUUUCAUCACCAGUCCUGAAAAAUGAAAAAGAAUUUUUUACAGAAAGCAUAGGUUCUUCUAAUAAUACAGAGAAUGAUCCAUCUAAUGACUCACUUGAAGUAGCAGGAAGUGAAAUCUUAAGGGAAAGUAAUGUAUCGCAUGAAAUAAUUAAUGAUGAUCUGGAGAUCAAAAAUAAAACAUCUAGAAACGAAGAUCCUCAGUUGGAUGAUAUCAUCAGUGGUAUUGUUCAUUUGUUAGCUGGAAAAGUUCAGCUUGGCAGACCGGUUUUUGCCCCACCUCCUAAACGACAAAAUAGACCUCCUGCACAUUCUACACGCAUUAAUAACAGAGGACCAUUAAGCUCUUCUUCAACACCGUAUAGUCGUACAAUUGUUGUUUUUUCUCAGCCUCAAAAUCCUUCUAUUUCCGUAACAGAAAUGCACCGGCCUAUGCAGUUCCCUCCAUCAGGUGCAGUUGGUGGCAUUCUACCUCACCCAUCAGAUAAACCUGAACAUGCUUUGAAAAUACGGCCUACAAGAGUAAAUGACAGGCCACUUGCAAGUGCUCCUGGUAACCAUUUUCAACACUUUGGCGGAAAAGUGCCUGCAAAUGGGUAUAACCAACCACCUUUCACAGGUGAGGUAUUUUCUCAAGAUGGCGCUCCUUUACGACCUAAAUUACAGCUUGCAAAUGUCCCGGAUGGUGUUAUUUUAAAUACAUUUCCAGAAAAUUCUAAACCACAAAAUCAGAAGGACAUUUCUACAACGAAACGUACUCACUUCAUCUUCUCCGAUUCUUUUGAUUCUACGCAAGAUUUCCAUACGAGGCCACUUCCUUCCAAUGUUCAAACAACUAAAACUUUUGCUACAAUUAUAAAUCCACAAUUAAAUUCAGCGAAUAAACUCUCAUCUACAAAUACUUUUGAAGUCUUUACAGAUCAAACAAAUUCUCAAGAAAUACUUAAGAAAACAGUGAAAGCUUCCACAGGUUCAUCUUCAGUUGCGGUUCCUACAGAAAGCUUUCCACGGGACAGUAUUAAGCCCACAAAGGUACAUAAAAAUUUUGUAACUGUUGAUAACCAAACAGUGCCGUUUGGGCCAAUUACAGACUGGGUUCCAGUUAUUGAAAGACCAUCUAUGAGAUUUAAACCCGUUUCCUCUAAUUUAAAUAAAACCCGAGCAGAUUCUGAUGUUUCAAUUAUAAUGCAACCGAUUAUUUUUGAUAUAACAGUUAGUCAAUCCUAUAAUGAUCCUAAUAUUUCAGCCAACAAGACAACAGAAGCUUCAAGUUCUUCAAUAUUCAACUCCACUAAUAUUCGAACAUAUUUGACUGAAAUCGUUGACACUAGCUCUACAUUCAAUACAAAACUAGAAAUUUUGACCUCAGAGGUUCUGGAAUCUCAAAAUGAUUAUACAUCCUCCUCCAUAAGUACUCCAGUAUUAAUAGAUAGUAGAAUUCCAGUAUUAAUAGAUAGUAGAGUUGUUACUACUCCUGCUCCUGACACUAAAAUAUCUAAAAUAGCAACUGCUUGGGAAGAUAUACGUACAGUACUGAAAGAGGAGAGUCAAAACCGUCCAAAGCUUUCUGAAACUGUGUAUUCUGCGCCAAAACCAACAAUACCUUCGGUGCAAUACAACGUAAUAAGUAGCCGAGUAGAAGAAAAAAGAACCCAACAAAAAUCGUAUGCCACAUCACCUUCCUUAAAUUCACCAUCAUCAAAAACUUUUGGAACCCUAUUUUCUGCUCCUUCGAAUAAUAACCCAAAUUUAGGCCGACCCUUUGUAAAACCAGUUGAAAUUGAAGAGGUUCGACCGUAUGUUGGUGCUAUCAAUCCUGUCGACCAGGAUCGAACUCGGCCAGCGUAUCCACCCUUCCGAGGAGCAUAUCCAUCAGGAACAGUUCAAGUUACAAGAGCAGGCGUAAAUGUUAGAGAAGAAAGUACAUCGCUGCCAAAUAAUCCACUUUUUACCAGCCGGACACCUAUCAUUCGAAGUCCCCCAAGACCUAGACCAAAUACAAUUAGAAUCGAUACUUGUAUUGUUGGUGAUGAUAGCACAUGCGACAGUAAAUCUAAUGAAACAUGCAAGACUGAGCAAGGAAUUAGUUCCUGCCAUUGUAAACCAGGCUACGCAAGAUCUUAUACUCGAGGUCCUUGUGUUCCCGUUGUUUCUCUCAUGCUCGCCCUAAAAGUGGACCGUAUGGGAAACCGAAAGUUGUCCUUUACCCCUAAAUAUUUGGACAAAAACUCUGAAGAAUAUAGGAUUCUAGAAUUCGAAGCGAAACAAGCGCUCUCAACUCUCUUCACCCACACCGCAUUUUCACGAACCUUCCUUGGUUCGAAUGUGAAUACUUUCUACUCCAUUGGCGGAAAACUCAUCAUCAACGCUACCGUUUUCCUAGAAGAAAAAGAAUCCACCCGGGCUCAGUCUGUCCGGUUGCGACUUCGACAAGAAAUUGCAGAAUCCAUCAAGAACAGGAACCGAAAUAUUGGUGAAAGUCGACUCUACGCUGAUGGACCUUUAAGUCCCCUCCAACAUAUUGAUGAUGUCAAUGAAUGCUCAGAUAUCAAUCUUAAUGAUUGUGCUGGUGAUGGAGCUUGUUUAAAUGUAUUCGGAACCUUCAUUUGCCGCUGUAAACCUGGCUAUAUUGAUCCUUUCAAGCAUGAUGAAAGGCGAAGCGGAAGGAAAUGUUUAGCUUGCCAACCAGAUUAUUGCAGCUAUCAUGGCCAAUGCUUCGUUGUGCAAGACCAAAAAUUGUGCAAUUGCACAGGAAACUUCAUAGGGAGAAGAUGUGAAUUGGAUGGUGAGAUUGUUGCUGUUUCAGUUGGAGCUGUAUUUGCUGCCAUAAUUAUAAUUGUAGUAACCCUUUAUUGCCUUUGUAGUUGGAACCGAAAAUGGAAAAAGCAACAGCAGAAAGCCGAGGUUUUGUCUUCACGCUCUUACAACAGCAAUAAUACAUUCAGCUGUAUCAGCAACAUGAUGAAUGCAAAUAUUAAUCCAUACAAUUUGACGAUGGAAGACAGGAUGCGAUGGGCUCACAUUUCGGAUGUAGUUAAAAGUGUAUCAAUGCCAACUUCGGAUUAUCCUUAUGCUUCGACAUCUCUUGAACAACCAGGAUAUCCAAAUCGAUUUCAGCAGCAUCUUAGCGACGAAGAAGCAUCUUGGUACGAUUAUCGAACUAGACCCAGAUCAAGAGCUUUACCACCUCCUAGAACGUCUCCAAACGCUACAUAUUAUGAAAUGGAUAGUGCUCCCCGUGGGGCAUAUAUGUCAUCUAGUGGUCAUUCAUCAAAGCGAAUCCCAAAAAAACUCACUAGGUACUGAAGAAAGUCUGUCAUUAUAAUUCGAAAAUUGCAAUAUCUUCUAUUUAAUCUCAAAAAUAAAGUAUUUGUAUUUCUACCAUA